CGCAGAGGGCGGGCGCGUGGUUGCACGACCUCACAAUCAUCCUCCCGUCGCCCAUGAUAAUGUUGAACGUUGACAGGGAACAAUGUCGCACAUAAUGCCGAUUAGCAACGUGGUCAAUCCCUAUUGUCUCGUCUGAGCGACCUGGAAGCACAAUGCGAUGUAGAGGUCGAACGGCGCCCGAGGCGAGGAGGUAUAAGAGCUACUGUGUGUGCUCACUAUGCCAACGUCCCCGUUUACUGCAGAGAUUGAAGAUGCUCUCCUUGGUCCUUGUCUUCGCUAUCGUCAAGUAUGGUCUAGCUGCACUCCCGCAGGGUCCCCCAGUCCCCAACGACGUGAUCAUCUGCUUUGCAGGCGAGACGGAUGACUAUAGGAAGAUCGCCCCUCAGUUCGACCAGGGCGAUCCUGCAAUCGAUGCUGGCGCUGGAGUGCCACUGCGUGCCACUGUGCUGAUUGUGCGUCUCCCUUGCGGAAAGUAUGCUAUUCUGUCCUCGUCGCUCCCGGGACCCGCUGCUCCUGUGUGUAUGGUCCUGUCAAAGAACACGGCAACCAUCGUUUCAAAGCGGACGUUGACAGUACGCUGGUCCCAUGCCCACGACUUGUACCAAGCACAACUCUGUGACACUCAAGAUCUUCGGGCGUUUGUCCGAUGUUUCCGAGAGAACAGUGUCGACGCUCCUAGCGAUGCCGACAUCAAGGACGAUGCCUACAUUGAGGAGGAAAUCGCUGAAGACCUUGAUGUCAUCUCUAGCAACUACGAGGCUUGCCUCGAGUAUGGCGCCUUCGCAGACGACGAGUGGACAUGGCGUGACGUUCGAGCAGCCUGCUGGAUACUCUACGUGAUCUAUGUGGCUCUGCACAUUACAUGCGCGAUGCGCAAACUCGCUCCCACGGAGGAGCGUGCAAGUGUAGCCUAGAUCUACUUCUUGAUUUUCUCGCAGUAGUGUCGAUGAUACCAACCAUGUAGUAUGCACCCCUUAUUCUAUGUCUUCUCUUUCUCCGUCCAUCCAGCGUCUCAGGCGCAGUGUCGUAACAUUCCCUGUUGUGACGUGCACCCUGGCACUAUAUCUUGAGCAAGCGCACGGAGCCGAA